AUGGAUUCGAAUGCAGACAAUCAGAAAGAUACUUGUUUGAUGAAAGCCCAUUUUCUAAAACCCUAUGUAACUUCCAUUGACGGUCCUGUAGCCGAGCUUCCUCGUUACCGUUCCUCUGUUUCUUCAUCAGAUCUAAAAGACUCAUUUUCCAGGAUUUCGUUCACUGGGUUUUGGUUUCCAGAUGGAGAUUUCAGAUCAUGGGCUGAAAAAAUGGAAGCUUUGUAUGAACCCACUUGGAGAAGAGCUGGGAUUUUUGAGGCAAUCAAAGCAUCAACAUACAAAAUCCCCAAAAACCAGUCUUUGAUUCAAGCCCUCGUUGAGAAAUGGUGUCCUGAGACGAAAUCAUUCGUUUUCCCUUGGGGUGAAGCAACGAUAACGCUCGAGGAUGUGAUGGUGCUUCUAGGCUUUUCUGUUUUGGGUUCUCCUGCUUUUGCUCCUUUAGAAAGCUCGGAGAUGAGAGAUUCCGUGGAGAAACUGGAGAAAGUGAGGCUAGAGAUUCUAGAUAAAGUAACCAAAGGUGGGCGCGUGAGUCAAUUUCAAUGGAUUUCGAGUUUCAGAGGCAGAGGCGAUUCGAUGGAAGAGCAUGAAGCUUUUAUUGCAAUGUGGCUUUCGCAUUUCGUUUUCCCACCCAAGUCUCGUCGUUGUAUUUCGAGAUAUGUUCUUCCCAUUGCUGUUCGUUUGGCUAGAGGUGAAAGGAUUGCACUUGCCCCUCCUGUUCUCGCAAGUAUAUACAGAGAUUUAGGUCAAAUACGAGCUUUUGCUAGAGAUAAGUCCACUCAAAUUAUCAAAUCGCUGUUUAAGUUGGUCCAAGUUUGGGCGUGGGAGAGAUUCAGAAACAUAAGACCAGAAGCUAGAGAGAUAAGAAGAGGUGAACCGAGAAUUGCUCGAUGGAGCUGUUUAAAUAAGAGGAAGGAGAGUUUGAGUUUUGAUGAUUUUGACUGGCGGCCAUACACUAAACCUUUAGAUAAUUGGAUUCCUCCUCGGUUUUACCUUGAAGAAGCUAUGUGGAUUACUGUUGAUGACAAUCUUGACGAUGAGUUUGUUUCGUUUGCUCGAUGUAUGAGAGUUUCUCAGCUUGUUGGGGUUGGUUUUGUAGAGGAUUACUAUCCGAAUCGAGUGGCAAUGCAAUUUGGGUUGAGUCAAGAUCUUCCUGGUUUGGUUAGUGAUCAUUCCAGCUUCACAGAAAAAGAGGCAUGGGAUGAUUAUAAUAAGUCACUCGAUGGUCUAAAGAUUUAUGUGCCUUCUCGUCUCGCUACAACUUCUGUUACUGCAAGAUACCGAGACUGGUGGCUGAAAUCAGUUUCAGAGUUUUUGGAUUCUUCAGGAUCAAGUGAACCUUUUAACGCAAGAAAUACAGCUGAUCAUGAUGAUGUAUCUCCUAAGGUACUGUCAUUGGGUCAAGUGCUUCAGAAUCUGGGAGCAGGGUUUCCUUUAAAACUCACGAGAUGUAAGAAGCGUCGAAUAGCGAAAAAUAUGAGAUCUGAGAUCAAGAAAGACAAGAGUGGUGAUUGUGGUGGAUCAGCUUCAACAGAAGUGCCACUUGGUGAGUUGUUUCAGAAGGAGUUAGCAAAGAGGACACGCUUGAGAAACCAGAGAACCAAGCGACCUCGUGAGGAUGAUGAUGAGAAUCGUAUGGAUUGUUAUGGUGAUAUUACCAUUGCUCAGUUGUACAAAUCAAGAAAGAAAACAGGAGGAGAUGCUUCUGAAUCCCUUGGAAAAAGAAAUCUGAUCCUAUCUAAUGAAAACAACUCUCUAAAUCCUCCUCUCGGUGCUAAUGGAGGAAUAGUUGACAUUGUUGUGUCAUUACCAGAAGCAAGACAAAUCUGUAAUGGUGAGAUUCAUGUAAAUGGAAACAAUGCAGAGAAGGAGACUAUGAUCGAUGAUGGAAACAAGGAAGUUGAGUGUCUGCUCAAUGAAGAUGGAGAAAAACAGAAGUCUAAUGAGAAGUUGUGCAGUGAAGCUAACAUAGAAGAUGAUGAAAGAUUGAAGCAGAGAAAGCUUGCAGUAUAUGAGCUAGCAUCGAAUCUAGAGGCACGUAUGAUGAAGGUGGAGAAGACUUUGGCAGAGAUUAGAGAAUGGAAAACCAGAAGAAACCAGAUAAAAAACGGAGUUUCUGCUUAA